CGGGAAGUGGAGGCGCGGGGUGAAGGGUCAGCGGUUGUCCGGGCCGGAUGUGGUGGCGAGGGGGGAGGAAUGCGCCGGUCAGCGGGCCGGGAGUGACGUAUGGGGACUGAAAAUGAAUCUCUUCCGUUGGAGAACGCUUCUAUUCUCUCCGAAAGCUCCUCACAGGAGGGACAUCGUCUUUGGAUUGGCAAUCUCGAUUCCAGGUUAACUGAGUAUAAUCUUCUAAAGCUGCUCCAGAAGUUUGGAAAAGUGAAGCAGUUUGACUUCCUGUUCCAUAAAUCGGGUCCGCUUGAGGGGCAGCCUAGAGGCUACUGCUUUGUGAAUUUUGAGACUAAAGAGGAAGCUGAGCGAGCUAUUCAGUGCUUAAAUGGGAAACUUGCUCUCGCUAAGAAACUAGUGGUACGUUGGGCACACGCACAGAUAAAGAGAUAUGAUCAGUACAAAAAUGAUAAGAUUCUUCCAAUAAGUCUGGAGCCAUCUUCAAGCACUGAACCAGCCCAAUCCAACUUAAGCAUUAGUGCAAAAAUAAAAGCAAUUGAGACCAAGCUUAAAAUGAUGGCUGAAAACCCAGAUGUGGAAUAUAAAGGAGUCCCGACUUACUCGUACAACAAGCCCACAGAGAAAGUGUUGGGUAACAGGUCACGGACUGCUCCCUAUUCUAAGUUUCCUCGUAAAUCCAAAUGAUGACCGAGAUGGAUGCCUUCAUCUGUCAGAUUUUCCUCAUCAGACUUUGUAAAGGCAUUGGUGGCACCGUAAAAGAUACCAAUUCCUGGACAGUGACUUGAUAUGAUAUAAUUUAUUUUUCUAAGAAAACAAAUUUAUCUUGUCUUUCUAGCAUAUGGUUGAUAAUAUUCCAGUGUGGUGAUUAGGAAUUCCACUUAACUUCAGGUCUCCAUCCUGGAGAGCUGGUUCUCUAACCUGGGUGUCUGUUUUAACCAUGCUGUUUACAACUCCAUGUCGAUGAUUUUGGCUGAUAUCAUUUAACAGUUUGUACUGUGGGGAUGUUAUGAAGUUUAUCAUAGAGGAUGCAUUCAUAAUCUUGCCACUUUUUAUGUGAGUAAAGUUGCAAGUUUUCCACAAAAGCCCUUGGAUUACACGGAGAUAUCUUCACCUUUCCGUGUUGUUGUGACUUUAGAAUCACGGCACAGAUGUAGAUCUGGCAUCAAAGAAUAUCGUGGAAUUGAUUAUUUUUAUUUUGAUUGUAUUUAAAAUAGUGUAAGUGGUAAAAUAGAUUAAGCUGUGUGUUUCUUUCUGUGAUACAACAAAUAUGAUACACAUGGCAAUGCUGUUUGGCUUGUACAUCAACUGAGUGCCGGGAUAAGUUUAACCAGUGAUGUGGCUGAAGUACAACUUCCUUUUAACAAAAUGCACAUUGGUGAUAAUCCAAGUUGGUGUGAAAUAUGGCAAAGCUUCUGUCAUUGAAUCUUCUCAGACUGGCUGUGUUUUUGGGAAAGUCAGGGUCACCAAUACAGUGGGAUUGGUAAUGAAUCGGCCUGUGCAGCUGGUUUAUCAUCCUUCACCCUGAAUCAACUUUUUUUUUCCUUUCACAUGUCAUGAAAUCUACAAGUGCAUUGAGAUUGGCGGGUAUAUUUAAAAAUAAAAGCAAAAUAAAUUGUAUUAAUUUGUACUAAGACCAGAUGAGUACAUAUUUUUAAAUUUAUUAGAAACAUAGAAAACUGACAGAACAGUACAGGCCCUUCGGCCCACAAAGUUGUGCCAAACAUGUCCCUACCUUAGAAAUUACUAGGCUUACCCAUAGCCCUCUAUUUUUCUAAGCUCCAUGUACCUAUCCAAAAAUCUCUUAAAAGACCCUAUCAUAUCCUCCUCCACCACCGUUGCCGGCAGCCCAUUCCACGCCCUCACCACUCUCUGAGUAAAAAAAAUUUAUCCCUGACAUCUCCUCUAUACUUACUCCCCAGCACCUUAAACCUGUGACCUCUUGUGGCAACCAUUUUCAGCCCUGGGAAAAAGCCUCUGACUAUCCUGGAUUGUCCUGGAGUCCAUGACUUUCUGGUGAGUUCCCUGAUUAAGCCCUUUCUUACUGUGAAAACUUGUCUAAUAUCUUGCAUUUGGUCAUUAGGGAUGGUGGAACACGACAUUCCUUGCAGCAUGUUAAAGAUAGACCUUACCACUAAUCAGAUAUGGUUUCCUCCUCGCAUGCAAGGGGGACGCAAAACGGUUUAAACCGUUGGUAACAAAAUAUUUAGCAUAGAGUAACAUGAGCAUAGUCUAGUCAUGUAUUGCAAUGUGUGAACAUGAAUUCGUAAAUAUUUACAAAAAUUGAUACUGUCACUCUAAACAGCCUCAGAGUUAAAUUGCUUCAGGUUUCGGGGGCUGAAGUACUGAUCUUAUGAUGUAGCCAGCCAGAUGUCUUGAGCACGAUGGACAAUGUUUUGAACACUGAGCCUUUCAUAUGUUAGCCAAGCCACUAAUUCAGUCUCAGGAACCGGCUGAUCCUUUAUUUUUAAUACAAACCACCCAGAGAGGUAAGAUUGCUUCCUUUCCUCCCCCCCAGUACUUGGUAUACAAAUCAGGCCCAAAGUGACUCUACAAUUUCCAAUUGCAGUUGUUAAACCUGUCCAACCUGGAGAAGGGCCCAUACCUAACCCUAGGUUUCUACUUUUGUACCAUAUAGCUUCAUCUGGAGAACAAAUCAUGCUUUCAGUUGGAAACCAUAUUUUGUGAAUGUCUUAUGACUUAAUCCCUUUAUAGAGACUGUUAAUCCAUCCCAAUAAUGGUAAAAUGUUAAUAUCACUUCUUGUGGGAAAUUUGUUACUUAUACCUUACAGUUGACCGUACUAGACUGUCAAAUCGUCAAAAUCAGAGAAUGGACAAAAUGUAUUGGUUGCUUUUUUUUUGUACACUUUGUGACUGGUGAAAUAAGUUUCCUUUUCUGUACUUCCCAUUUUAUCUUCUUGAAACUUAAACAAAAAAUAAAUGUAUUUAAAUGAGUCCAAGUACGCUUGUGCAUGGAUCUGAUUCAUACCAAUUGCAGCAACGCAUCUUCCCAAUUCAAUCUGAGAUAUUUUACAAAACAAAUGGUGGCUAAGUAAUUGUGUAGUUAUUGGACUAUAACGACAGACGAUGUAUUCAUGAGUGAGGCUGCUACUUUUGUAUUUCAAAAGGUAAACAUUAUGAAAGAGUUAAUGCAGUUAACUUUAAAUAUUUCUGUUUAAUUUCUCCUGAAUAAAGUAUGUCUCUUGAUUAUAUAA